AUGGAGGGCAUUAAGGUCUUUGCGCCCGAUGAGAAGCACGUGUGGCUGCCUGGUGUGAUCUGCGGCGCCAGUAGCGACGGUAAACAGCUAACGGUGCGGCUCGAUGAGGUCGUGGGGCCUCGUGGCGCGUCGGCGGGGGAGCUGCUUCCAUCAGAGCGCGAGCUCAAGUCGCUCACGGGCACUCAGCGGUCGGUGGACCUCACCGAAGCACUCGAGUGUGUCAACGCGUCAGCGGACGCAGCUGAGAACACGAAAUCGUCGCUGCCGCUGCAAAAUUCGAGCGAGAGUGUCAAUGGGUUCGAAGACAUGAUCCUCGUCGACCAUUUGCACGAAGCGUCGAUCUUGUAUAAUCUGAGGCGGCGGUUCUUCCACCAAUUGCCGUACACGUAUACGGGACGGAUUUGCAUUGCGGUGAAUCCGUAUCAAUGGCUGGAUCUCUACUCCAAGUCGAUCAUGGAGAAGUUCAGUGAUGGGAAAAGGGAAAAUAAACCUCCGCAUGUCUACGCGGUGUCGAUGGAGGCUUUUUUCAACAUGAGACAGAAACAGGAGAAUCAAAGUAUUCUUGUGUCUGGGGAGUCGGGAGCAGGCAAAACAGAGACGACGAAGAUCGUGAUGAGCCACUUGGCGGCAUUGGCCACCAACUCCAACUCCAAAGUGAUCCAGCAAAUCAUCCAGGCCAACCCGCUGCUUGAGUCGUUCGGCAAUGCCAAGACCGUACGCAAUGACAAUUCCAGUCGUUUCGGUAAAUUUACAGAGCUCCAGUUCACUAUUGAAGGCCAAUUGAUCGGGGCCAGGUCUCGCACUUACUUGCUGGAAAAGAGUCGAGUAACGACCCAAGCGCAUGGAGAAAGCAAUUUCCACAUUUUCUAUCAGCUACUAGCGCAGCGCAAAGAAUUUUCAGAGCUGGAGCUUGACAUGGUGGACUCGUUCAAGUACGUGCCUAUCGAGACGCAAGGUCGCGAAGGUGACGAAGGGGGUGAUCUCGAGUCGUACGCGAGAAGCUCUGGAGCUAGCGAGACAGAGUUUACUACGCAGAAUGGGGAUGUGGACGCCUCCCAACUAGUGGAUCUGAAACACUUCAGCGUGGCUUGCCGGCUGCUCGGUGUCAGUCCAGAGGCGCUAGAGCGCGCUGUGUGCAACCGUAACGUGUUUGUCGGUCGCGAAGUGAUCUUGAAGCCAAUGACGCACGACCAGGCGGCAGAUUGCCGCGAUGCGCUGGCGAAGAGUCUGUACUCGAAACUGUUCUUGUGGCUCGUGGAACAGAUCAAUCAGACAAUCGGCGUGAACACCAAAGGUGCUGGCUUGUUCAUCGGGAUCUUGGACAUUUUUGGUUUUGAGCACUUCGAGACCAACUCGUUUGAGCAGUUUUGCAUCAACUACGCCAACGAAAAGUUGCAACAGAAGUUUGUGCAGGACGUGUUGAAGACGGUGCAGAUAGAAUACGAAGAGGAAAACAUCUCGUGGUCGCACAUCACUUUUGCAGACAAUCAGGACGUGCUGAACCUCAUUGAAGGCCGCCUGGGUGUCAUCAGCUUCUUGAACGAGGAGUCGCUUCUUGCCACAGGCACGGAUGCGUCAUUUGCAAGCAAAUUGGGUGCAGUGAUGGAGAACAACCCGCUGCUAGAGACUCCGCGGCUUAACAAGUGUGCUUUCUCCAUUUACCACUACGCUGAUAAGGUCACCUAUGAUGCAACAGGCUUUCUAGAUAAACACCGUGAUGCCAUCUUGCCGGACAUCAAGCAGUGUAUGAGCCAGUCCAAGCUCAAGAUUCUGUCCAGGAUGUUUACGGAUGACGUGAAUGCGAGCUGCGCAGAGAGUAGUGGAUCUAGCGGUCGUGGCAAGACGCGCGGCAGUAGCGCCAAAAAGGGAGGACACGCGCAGACCCGUCGAACGACGGUGGGCACACAGUUCAAAGAGAGUUUGUCACAGCUUAUGGAGAAAAUCGGGCUUACAGAAGUACACUAUGUGCGUUGUCUCAAGCCAAAUCCGCAUAAGAGUGCCCACUGCUUUUCACACGGCGACGUCGUCAGCCAGCUACGUUGCGCAGGCGUGAUAGAGGCCAUCCGAGUGUCUCGUAGUGCGUACCCGAAUCGCAUGCCGCACCUGGAGUGCAUCAAGAAAUUCCGCGUGCUGCGUACAGGUGCGAUUCCGACGCAAAAAAAGUCCGUAAGCGACUCAGACAUGGAGUAUGUUAAGCUCCGAUGCGAAAAGCUGAUGGAGAAGCUGCUAGCGGGACGUAACAUCCAAGAUUAUCAGGUGGGUUUGACCCGUGUGUAUUUCCGCGAGGGUGUCUUGGAAGAGCUGGAGACAAAACGAGGCUGGGCGUUACGCAAGUACGCGAUUGUGCUGCAGAAGAAUGUGCGCUGUUGGCUCAUGCGUCGGCAUUUCUUGCGGCAAAAGCAGCAAAUUGUGGUUAUCCAGAAGUACUGGCGCCGCUACGUGAUCCACAAACGGUACUUGAAGCUGCGUCGAGGUGUAGUGAAGCUGCAGGCCCAAGCUCGCGGUGUCUCGACCCGCAAGAUGUACCGCGUGCUCAAGUUCGACUACCGCAUUGUGCGUUUCCAGGCUUACUGCCGUAUGCACAUGGAGCGCCAGCGUUACCUCAUGACAGUGUCUGCUGUAAAGAGACUGCAAGGGUUCUUCCGUUUCUCUCUCUUGCGCCUGGUGUUCUUGCGUAAGAUGGAGAAGGAGAAGGCUUACAAAGAGUUUGGCUCGAAGGUUGCACAACUUCAGAUGAAGCUGGACAGAAAGCAAGUGCACACUGGAGUGAAGCUGUCUCCGUCGAACAAGGCUCGUUCACUCGGUCCAUCUGACGUGCCCAAUCCAACGGGAACUAGCAGCGACCGCGGCACUUGUAGCAGCAGCUCUACACGUGGCUCGAUACCCAGCAGUCGGUUCAGUGGCACCAGUGGAAUUCUGGACGAAAGCCACGAAGUGAUCACGGUACUUCAUGAAGAGAAUGAGAAGUUGCGAAAGCAGUUGGAGCACCAAGAGUUGGAAAUCCAGCGCCUGAAGACCGAGAACCGUACGCUCAAAAACUGGCAACAGUCGAAAGAGGUUGGUGAGCAGGUGCAGAAGUUGGCCUAUCGUGACCAGGAAAGCAAGGACUUGACGUAUUUGGCAGCAAUCGAGACGGAGUACGAGAAACUUCGAUCGUAUAUCUGUGAGAUACGCGAUCUGCCCAUCGAUGUCGGCAGCAUUACACAAGCCAAUACCGGUUCUCCAGCUUCUGGCGGUCGUGGCUCGCUGACAUCGUUGUCGUCGGACAAAUCGGUGCUCGCCCCGGCUGCACCUAGCGGCAGUGUAGACCAAAAAUCGGCCGAGGCACACCACUUGCUACUGAAAAGUGCUGCUCGCAUCGGGCAUGCCAAGAGCAAGGUCUCGAGCAGGGGCAACGCACGUCGAGUCAAGGACCAUUGGGAAGAGAUUCGUAAUUUUCCUCCAUCCAUGCACUACAACCUGGGCUCGGUCCCAUGGAAGCGGUUGCUCGCGGAUUGGGCGCAGGGCAACCCGAAGAAGCUAGAUUACAUGACGCGAUGGCUCAAGAACGUCUUGGAUGGCGGUCCGAUCGUGUCGGACACGUUUCCGAUGGGCGUUGAGCUCAAGUACGUGACUCCGAUGAUGUUGGAUGGAUUUAUGCAAUUAGUGAUUCCGAAGCUUGCCGAGCGGCCCGACAUCCAGGUGCAUGUGCAUACAAAGGAGUUUAUUGGAACGAGCAUGCGGAUCACACUGUCACAGUUGGAGCAGCAUCAGCAUCAACAGCACAGUGCUGGCUGGGGUUCUCUGUCACAUGCUCGGAUUGAGCGCACGCCGCCAUUGGACGUGGAAGACUUCCAGCGGAUUUCAAUCCUCGCCAACAACAACAGCCGCAGCUCGAGCAACCUGUUGUCGGCAUCAACCCUGAGUCUAUCUCAGCUGGAGCCGAACCCGGCUACGUCGUCAGGUAGCCCAAGCAGCUACCGCUCGAGUAUUUUUCGCUCGGGACGCGGCAACAACAGCGGUGACCACAACCCGCGCAAUUCGUUCUUUCACCGGAAUAAGUAA